AGAGUCAAGAUCCAUUUCCUCUCUCCACCGUCCCGCCCCGUACGUUCCUCUUCCUCUUCCAGCACCUACCCCAAACCAAAUCCCACCCAAAUGCGGCUCUGAACCAGUGAAGCAGUACCUCCGUGCCCUAGUGCUACCGCCAUCCCGUAGCUUCGCAUCACCGCCGGCGCCUCGCCCCAUCCACCCUCACCGCCUCCAGCGAGAGCCUGCCGCCGCCGCCGUUCCCGUUCCCGUUCCCGUUCCACCUCGACUCCGUCCGCCUUUUUGGCCACUGGUUCUCGAGAUUUCGGUCUUGGAGGAGUAGCAGAAGCGGGAUGGAGGUGACCGAGAAGAGCGGCGCGGAUUUGGAGGAACAGGAGGACAAGAACCAGCCCAGUGGGCACGACCAGCAGCCGAGCUUCGACGCACGCCGCUUCUCGCCGGAAGCUCAUGUCGAUUCGUCCACUGACGCGUUGGCCGCCAUGGCCAACACGUUCCCUCCCGGCCUAUGGAAUCACCCGCCCGGGCAGGGCUUUGGGCUGGGGGAGAGCAACUCAAGCGCCAUGGUGAAUGGACAUCAGUUCUCUUCAUUUCUCGGGAUGUUGUCGGCGGCAGCUGUGCCCGCGUACUCCGGCGCCCCGUCUGGGUUCAUGGAUUGCGGAACGGGCUUUCCUGGAUUGAGUGGGGGUAAUCUUGGAGCCAUGAUGGAUCACACUUUCCCUAGGAACCAGCCUCUUGGUAGCUUCCAGAAUGGUCGUGAGCCAUCCAUGGAGAUGGGUGUGGACGUGGGCUGCAAUGAUGCAUCGUUGACUGGUGAUAGGCAGCAUGGAGAUGCAGAGGGUUCGCAUGGUGCUGAUGCCUCCAACAACGAGUUGAGCAAGCCAGAGUGCAGCGGCGGUGCUAGCCAGGAUGACAGGCCUAGUGUGUCUUGUGCCAAGAAGAGGAAAAAACCAUGCCAGGAUCGUGGGGUCAAGCAGGAAAAAGAUGAUGACGAUAAAGGUGAACCGAAGAGGCCUAUUGUGGCAUCCAAAAAGUCCAACGGGAAACAAGCCGAGGAAAGUUCUGAUGCACCCAAGCAAGAUUACAUACAUAUAAGAGCUCGAAGUGGCCAGGCUACGAACAGCCAUAGUCUUGCAGAAAGAGUUCGGAGGGAAAAGAUUAGUGAAAGGAUGAAGUUUCUUCAGGAUCUUGUUCCUGGUUGUAGUAAAGUCAUCGGUAAAGCUGUUAUGCUGGAUGAGAUAAUCAAUUACGUUCAAUCAUUACAGCGGCAAGUUGAGUUUUUGUCGAUGAAGCUUUCAGCUGUCAAUCCAGCGCUGGACUUUAACAUAGAACGCAUUUUGUCCAAGGAUUUCUUUCAGUCUCAAGGAACUGCAUCGUCUGCAUUUGGCUUCUUACCAGACAUCGGACAUCAGUUUUUGCAUCCACCAAAACAUUCUCAAGCUGCGUUCCACAGCAUUGUGAACUCUACUGAUGCAUUUGGAAGAGUAACAAAUCCGAUGCAAGGAACUAGCAGUACAUUCAAAGAACCCACACAUCAGGUGCCUAGUAAUUUUGACGGAGAGUUCCACAACGUCAUCGCGACACCCUUUACCCUUUUUAACGACCAAGAAUCAAAUGGUAAACCUUGAGCAAUAGAUUCCACCACUAAAGCAAGACCUCACAAUUCGACAUGGGAUUUCAACUGAACUACAUGUGAGCUUGUUGACACUGCUGUGCCAGCUCACAGUUGAGCAACCCAAAAUGCUUUAUUGUUGAUUUCGCAUUACUGGAAGCAACAGUUGAUAUCCUGUAAAAUCCUUUUCCUCUGAUGUCCCAUUUGCCACUAGAGGAAGCUGGAGACCUGACUACCUGGACGCUUAAAUGGGGAUUGCAACAGUUAUAUUAUCCUAGGGAAAAUUACGUGUAUAACUAUUGGUAACUUAACUCUUUACAUCAUGAUGGCAAGUUCCAUUUUGCAGGAAAGUGACUAUUUCGGUAGCAUUUAGCUCAGAUCCAAUAAUAUUGUAAAAUGCUCCCUUUCCACUAAAUUGUACUCCACUGCAGUAUAAUCUUAUUACAGAAGUACAAUUGCUA